AUGGGGGAACACAUAAUUGACGAGGCUCCAGACGAUUCUUUAACUUUGGGCCAAUUAAAAAAAAUAGUAAAACAGUUGCCAAAUAAGCAAAAGCCAAAAGAAAUUUCUUUUUCCUAUGCUGAUAGUGAUAGUAUUUCAAGAGAAAUUGAUGAGUUCUACAGCUAUGCAGAAAUUUCACAAUGCCUAGAGAACAAAGAUAUUUUCGAUGAGGGAUUCGGUGAAGCUUGGACUACUUGUACUAUGUCCGAACGCCGAGUUUACAUCGAGUACUUAUUGGAAACUUUAGAACUAAAAGAUCCUGAAAAAAGAUUUUUAUCUGCGAAAAAGUUAUUGUAUAUUGCUCAAGGUGGAACAUUUGGCGAAACUAUAACACAAGAUCAACACUUUGAAUGGAUCAUGGAAAACAACAAAUUAUUACGAAAAUGCGGGGCUCUCCUCUCAUAUUUCCAAGCUCUGAAAUUGGCGUGUCAUGCACAUGACUUUUAUAGUCAUCCAGAUUUUAAUGCGGAUAGACAAGUAUAUAUCGACAAUAUAAACACUGAAAUUGGAUUCUAUUUGACAUUAUUAUAUAUGCUUGUUGAAACUCAUCGCGGGGAUGAUUCAUUUGGCACAGAGCUUGCUGAACUUAAUCCGCCAAUGGCCGUAUUCCUGUUUGAGAUAAUCGCCUCAUUACGGGAGAAAGAAAAAAAUGCAAAAGGCUAUCCUGUCAAAAAGAUGGAACUGUCUAAACAAAUACAAAAGUUUCUCCUUUUAUUAUGGAAAGUUAUUUUAGCAAGUUUAGGUGGAUUAAAUGAUAUGUUGAGGCUGAAAAAUACUGCUAGAACAAUUAGUGGACUACCACCUAUUUACAAUGAGGGUUUGUUAACCAAGUCCACACCAGCGGAUUAUUAUACGUUCCAAAAUGAAGCAACGCAAAAGUACCCAACUUAUGUUCCACCUCCCUGUCCAUUUAUUCCAACUUCUCCAAUUGCUGCAAGUUUAUUUCCAAGUGCAAACAACCACACUAAUGGAAAUGAGUCUUCGGGACAAAAUGUAUCUUCCAUUAAUGGCAAUGGAAACAGUAGCCAACCUCCAAAAUCCAGAAAACAACAAUUUCAAACAAAUCAGCGGCAACCAUUUAUUUUUCCAUUUUCAAAAUCUACUCCUAGUGUACCUAAAUCAAUACAAGAAGCUGGUGAUUUAUAUCUUAAAUUUAUGCAUGUAAGUUUAGGUACUUUUCAAUUCUGGAAAGAAAAAAUCGAAAUGAAAAAGCUGCCUACUGGGGAUAUAAUCAAUAGUAUACCUUUCAACGAAAACUGCGUCACGGAAAAUCAACACAAUAAUAAUGAUGAUGAUGAAUCUCAAAUCGAAAUAAUGAAAAUAGACAAAGAGAAGAUCGAGCGCAUUGAAAUUCUUUAUAAAUCAAUUCUUCCUCAUUUACAAAAUAUUGUUAUUAUGCUUCUUAAACUAUUGCUUGCCACAGUGUCUAACAACAAAAACUCUGAUAUUGACAAAGGUGGGAUUUCUGCCAAUAAUGAUCACAUUUCUGAAAGCAGUAUUAAUUCUUCUAAUGGUAACACGAUCGAGGAAAUAGACAUCAUGCGACAUCGCGAAAUUACGUCAAAGGCAGUGUCAGCUAUAAUUCUCUUAAUGCUCAAACAUUUAAAGUUGUCACAUGUAUUAAAAUUUGAAUAUUUGUCGCAACUCUUGGUCGAUUCAAAUUGUUUGCUUCUCAUCUUGAAGAUGUUUGGUUUGCAAGAUGUGAGUUUAAUGGUCAAAGCUAAGAAUGAAGUCGAAAAUAUGAA